AUGGGCUGCCGGGUGGGAAUCUCGGAGGGAGGAGCGCACCGUAGAUCCUCACCUGCCCAACUACCUUGCCGGGACACCGACAGGAAGCUACGUUCCAUUACUGUACCUCUCACUUCUCUAAGAAUACCACUGAGUCCUGACAGAGACACCCUACCUACCUACCUACUCCGUACAGAAAAGGAACAGAAACGAGGACGACAAGAAACAAGACACAGAAACGAGUAUCCAAUACUUCCCGCCCCCGGCGAACCGGCACGUCUCGUUAAAACAUCCCAUCUUUCUGAAUUGCCGUCUUACCCUGGUGUGUCCCGACUUACACCGCGCGACGUGACGGCCACGGCGCACGCACAUCAUACAGCACUUGACAGCCAGACGGCAAGCGAGUCGCUACCUUGCCUAGGGGAACAAGCCUGCCAUAGUUCGACGGCGGACGGGGUGGAGGGGCGGAGCAAGGCCCUCUUAGUCCUUAGCAAGGUACGACGUUACCCAAGACGAACUAGAUAG